AUGGUAAAUGAUUAUGAUGAUAAUUUUGAUGAUAUAGAUUUGGAUGAAAUUUUCAAUGAUUUUAAUGAAAAACAAUUGUACAUUCCUCGGCAACCGUUAAUUAAAUGGGGUUUAAGUUCGAAUACAAAUCAAGAUGAUUUAACUGAAUUCGAUGAAAAUGAUUGUACAGCACCAAGAAUCAGUCGAAAGCGACCAAAAACUCGAAAAAAAAUUAAUACAAAACAAAUGACAAUGUAUGAUUAUGCUUCAAGUAUAUCAUAUCGACAUAAACAAUUUUAUUCUUCAUUGGAUAAUACUACAACAACAAAAACAAUUAUCAAAGGAGAAAAACGUUCAUUAACAGAAUAUCAACAAUUGACAUUGGUUUCGAAAAAAUUGAAAACAGAUAAUAAUAAUAAAUUAUCAUCAUCAACACCACCAGAUCUUGUUGAUAAUCUUUUACGAUAUCUUGAUGAACGUAGUCGACCUACGACCGAAGACUUUACACAUGAACACGAAAAAUCAGUAACUGAUGACAUGAAGAGAAAGAAGAAUAAGAAUUCUGUUUUGUGA